AUGAACGAUGAGCAAGAUGUGUGGCUCACAGAUGGCGAAGGGUUCAUGACCAAUGAGAAGCGUUACAAGGACCAUUUGGAUAUUGCGGUGGACUCUCCUCAGACUGCUACAUGCUCGCGAUAUAGGGCACAGGAUGGCGCAGAUGCGGAGCACAAUGGGACCAACCAGACAGGAAAUGCGGGUCACUGUUGCGCUCACCACGGUGCCAUGGUGCCUGGGAGCUCUGUCGACUUUCAAAAAGGUGAGCGCCAGAUGAACAUGGACUUUUCUCUGUGCGAAGCCUUGGCCACCACGAACACGGAUGGCCUAAAAAAAGUGAUUCAUAUCUAUGACAUUGCCUGCCAGUACUAUGUGCACCUGAAGGAACGCAUCCAAGCCAGUCCCUAUUUGCAGAAAUCAGACCAGAUUGAGCUGAUUCACGCCAUUGGUCUCUUCCAUGUGCACGGGCACCAGGACAAAUGUCUAUACCGCUUCGCCACCAGCUAUGUCCCAGGCGCUGUGCAGGUGGAUGCCACUCUGGCUAAUCGGACGGAGACCAUUGACGACUUUCUGGGAGAUUCAAACUUUAAGAAGAUGCUUCAUAUAGUUGACACAAUUAUCGCAAAGUACCGGCGGGCGAGGGCUGCCAAGGUGGAGAGUGAAUUGUACCUUGCAGCCCUCACAUGGGUGGCGAUGGCGGCAGCGACUGACGAGUGGUGGCACAUGAUUGAGACGGCGGAAACCAUGCGCCAGGCAGACAUUACAUCUAUGGAUUACAUGCUGGCAAAAGUUAAGCGUGGGCAGACACUGCAACAAAUCCGCACGAUGCUGAUCGACCACCAAUUGGGGGCACAUAAGGCGCCAGAUCCAGAUGGAACAGCAGCCGACUGGCUCGUGUCCAGCCUAGCUAUUGAGCAGGCACAGUAG